ACGCACUUUGGUUAAAUUUCAUAAUUUCAAUUCCCUUAUUAAAAUGGCUGUGUUACCACCUGACCCUGUGUUCAGUUUGCGUUCCCCGGAAAUGGGCGCCGUGAACUCCUUAUGCUUCCACGAAAGCGAACGCCUGCUGGCAGGCACUUUCAAAGGCAAAGUAUUUCUCUGGGAUCUACAGACAAAUCGUUCAGCACUGAACUUCGAGGUGGGCACCGAGCCAAUUACGAGUCUGCAUCAUACCAAAGAGCACCUGAUAACACAAGAGAAGGGCGGCACGAUUACUACGUUCUCCAUCAGCAACAGCAGCUACGUCAAGGAGCGCAGCAUACCGGGCAAUCAUUUGGGCUAUUGUCGCACAGCGCUGCACAUAAAUGCCAACAACACCAAUGAACAGUUACUAUUCUAUCCGUGCGAGGAGGCGGCCAUUGGAGUGCUGCACGUAACGGAUCCGGCGGCGCCAACACAAAUGCUCGUAGCGGAUGAUCCGCAAUUGCCCAAGCUGGGCUGCGUCACCUGCUUCAAGCCCUUCGAGUGCGCGUCACAAUUGUUUCUGCUCGCCGGAUACGAGUCUGGGCACUUUCUCACCUGGGAUCUGAGCAGCGGCGUCAUGAUCGAUGUCACUGAACUCGCGCCGGAGGCUCUAACUGUCGAUUAUGAUCACAUCACAAAUCGAGGCAUAGUUGGAAGCGCUUCCGAUAAAUUGACAACAUUUAGCUAUCAGAGGCAAUCCAUGCAGCUACAGCGCGGAUCCGAGCUGUGCAUCAAGAAUCCUGGCGUUAAUUGCGUACGCAUUCGCUCCGAUCAAAAGGUCUUCUCUAGCGCCGGUUGGGACGGACGCAUACGCAUCUUUUCGUGGAAGAGCCUGCGACCGUUAGCCGUGCUGACGCAGCACAAGCAAGGCGGCGUCAUGGACCUCGCCUACUCCCCGCAGCCGGUGUCCAUGUGGAAUGCACCCAUCAUGGCCGCCGCCGGCAGGGACGCGCAAAUCUCACUCUGGGACUUGUAUAACUAGAUCUUCACACUAAUCUGUCCUAGCGUGUUAACUGCUACAAUUUCAACUCUUUCUGCCAAGCAACUGUUCCUUGGCAGCGACUGACAAUU